UUAGAAAAAAGAUGGUUUCCGUGGCGUGCUGGAGGGGGCAUCUGUGGUGUUAAAAGGGGAAAGGGAAGCUUGUUUAUCCGUCCAAUCCAAUCAAACACCAACACAAUAAUAAUAAUAUAUAAGCAUUCAUUCAAUCAAACCCCUUAUAUGCUCCCAUUUCAUCACCGAAAGUAACGGAAUCGUUUCACAAAACUCCAAAAUACCCCUCCCUCCCUCCUCCACCUCAUACCUACCACCACCACUAUGUUGCAGAGACCCAGACGGCGUUGCGAGGGCACAGCCAUGGGCGCCAUCGUUCUCGAUCUCCGUCCUGGUCUCGGAAUCGGACCUUUCUCUCUCGGGAUGCCUAUAUGUGAAGCAUUUGCUCAGAUAGAACAGCAACCUAAUAUUUACGAUGUGGUUCAUGUCAAGUACUUUGAUGAGUCUGAGCAUUUACAGGAACCACUCAAGUUGGAUAUUGUUAUUAGCUUUCCCGAUCACGGCUUUCAUCUUCGUUUCGAUCCCUGGUCUCAGAGACUGCGUCUUAUUGAAAUAUUUGAUGUAAAGCGGCUUCAAAUGCGCUACUCUACUUCUCUGAUUGGGGGACCGUCAACUCUAGCUACUUUUGUUGCUGUAUAUGCACUGUUUGGGCCAACAUAUCCUGGAAUUUUCGAUAAGGAUAGAGGCAUUUACACUCUGUUCUAUCCGGGUCUUUCCUUUGCAUUUCCGAUUCCAAGUCAGUUCACAGACUGCUGUCAAGAUGGGGGAGUGGAAUUGCCAUUGGAGUUUCCAGAUGGGACCACACCAGUUACAUGCCGUGUUUCUAUAUAUGAUAGCUCCUCUGGUAAGAAGGUUGGUGUGGGGUCUUUAAUGGACAAGGCUUCUGCUCCUCCAUUAUCUCCUGGCAGCAUUUACAUGGAAGAGGUUCAUGUUAAGCUGGGGGAAGAAUUAUACUUCACUGUUGGCUCUCAACACAUUCCUUUUGGUGCAUCCCCACAGGAUGUGUGGACUGAGCUAGGACGUCCCUGCGGUAUUCAUCAAAAGCAGGUAGAUCAAAUGGUUAUUCAUUCUUCCUCAGAUCUUCGGCCUCGAACAACUCUCUGUGGAGAUUACUUCUAUAAUUAUUUUAAUCGUGGUCUUGACAUCUUAUUUGAUGGACAGACUCACAAAAUCAAGAAGUUUGUGUUACACACCAACUAUCCUGGUCAUGCUGAUUUUAAUUCUUACAUCAAGUGCAACUUUGUUAUCCAUGGCUCAGAUGCAGUGGACGGAUCUUUUCAGGAAGUAAAUAACAGCAAACAGGGGGCUAUUACGCCUAGUACCAAGUGGGAACAAGUGAAGGAAACACUGGGGGAUUGUGGGCGAGCUGCCAUUCAAACUCAAGGUUCUGCAAGUAACCCUUUUGGUUCCACUCUUGUAUAUGGUUAUCAAAAUAUUGCCUUUGAGGUGAUGAAGAAUGGUUAUAUUGCAACAAUAACUCUUUUCCAGUCAUGAUGUUGUUGUUUGAAACAAACUGGCUGUUAGUCUAUGCAGAAAAAUUUAGUUGCCACAUCAGCACUGAAUGAAGAAUGGAUGUAUGACAACUGAUCAAGAUGGAUCCUCAACGAGAAUCAUUUGAUAAUUUUAAGGAUUCAUUUAGAAUCUUUUCAACUAGGACUAAUCAAAAAGCUCUACAGACCUCUAGGCUCUAGGGAGCAACAUAUAACACUGAAAUAUGAGCAUGUAUACAUUGCUGCAGGGGCUUUUGGCUACCCCUGAUCUUUCUCUGUAUUGUUUAUUAAGGUUUCUCAAGCUUGGCUAUGGAACUUCACACGGAAAAGCUGGCUAGGUUUGUAUGAUCAGGGUGUAUGAUAAGUUCAACGAUCAUCACCAUCAUUAUCGCCGUGGCAAGGGAUAUCACAAUUGUACAGCUAUUGUGAUAAAUUGUACAUAUUAAAAUUGUAUUGUGUAAAUUUUUAACAUUUACGUUGACAUCUUGUACAAAGCUAAUAUACAAAUUCCUAACGCAUUUAUCUUUCA